CCUGCCUUCACAUUUAUCAAACAGGUGUGACCGCUGUCCCCGGGCGAGGAGAGCUAGGCCCGGGUGGGAGGUGUUUGUUCCGGGAGCCGCGCAUUUAGCCUCGCCAGACCUUACUACAAAGAUGAAACCUGAUGAAACUCCUAUGUUUGACCCAAGUCUACUCAAAGAAGUGGACUGGAGCCAGAAUACAGCAACAUUUUCUCCAGCCAUUUCCCCAACACAUCCUGGAGAAGGUUUGGUUUUGAGGCCCCUUUGUACUGCUGACUUAAAUAGAGGUUUUUUUAAAGUACUAGGUCAGCUGACUGAAACCGGAGUUGUCAACCCUGAACAAUUUAUGAAAUCUUUUGAGCACAUGAAGAAAUCUGGGGACUAUUAUGUUACAGUUGUGGAAGAUGUGACUUUAGGACAAAUUGUGGCUACAGCAACUCUGAUAAUAGAACAUAAAUUCAUCCAUUCCUGUGCUAAGAGAGGAAGAGUAGAAGAUGUUGUUGUUAGUGAUGAAUGCCGAGGAAAGCAGCUUGGCAAACUAGAGAGCAAGCAGGGGAGGGGCAGAAAAAGAGAGAGAGACACACAGAAUCCGAAGCAGGUUCCAGGUGCAAGAGCUGUCAGCACAGAGCCCAAUGCCGGUCUUGAACUCACGAGCCACGAGAUCAUGACCUGAGCUGAAGUUGGAGGCCUAACUGACUGAGCCACCCAGGUGCCCCAGUGUUAACAUUAAUUUUAGGUUGAAUUUAGUAUUGUUCUAUUAAUGUGCUAGAGACAACUUAGAUAAGUUAUAUUUGAAACAGUAAAAUGCUUUGGGUGAUUUAAAGCUUGUCCAGUUACAAUUUGAAUAUUUAAAUGAAUAUAGUGAGAAAGGUCAUGACCUAAACCCAUUUCUAAUAUAAAUUUGAAAUUUUAUUUAUAUAAUAUUUAUUCAUUUAUAUUAAGUUACUCAAAUGCAUUUUCAUUAACAAAUGCUCUAUGCUUUCCCCCUGCUUUUUGAAUUGCAGGUUGUUAUCAACCCUUACUUUGCUAAGCAAGAAACUGAACUGUUAUAAGAUUACCCUUGAAUGUCUACCACAAAAUGUUGGUUUCUAUAAAAAGUUUGGAUAUACAGUAUCUGAAGAAAACUACAUGUGUCGGAGGUUUCUAAAGUAAAAAUCUUUUAAGAAAGACAUUUGUCAAAGGAGCUAAUGCAACAAGGCAAUACUCUUCUUAGAGUUAAAAUAUUUUGUUGCUGCAACCCAGUGACCUCCAUAAAUACUGGAUUGAAAAUAACAUGGUAAUUCAACACGUAUAAUGACACUUAGAAGAUUACUUUGGCCUGUGGGACAUGCUGUGAGUUUAGAUUACAAAUGAGUCUUAUAAAGGGGAUGAUUUUUAACCAAAGGAAUAUAUUUUUAACUUGAAUCUUUUCUUGCAUUGUAUUUUUCUAAAGUUUGGCUUCAUUUCUUUGUAGUUAAGAGUAUAGGUAGUAUAGUUAUGUGUCUGCAAUCUGUACUGCUCAUUAAAAAAAUAUAUAUAUACCAUAAAUAAGGCUAUAUCACAUUCACAAAAUUAAUACUUUUGUUUCAAUCAGAGAAACACCAAAAAUCACUUAGGAGUGUUAUCAUUGUUCCAUAUAUUAUGUGAAAUUGGGUAAGAUAACUAAAUGUAGUGCAGACCAACAUUUGUUGGUCCUAAUACUGAAUUGGCAAACAACCUGGUUAGCCUUUUCAGUAAGUAGAAAUGAAAAUUAUAAAAUGUGACAGGAUUCAAAAUAAAACAAUUUAAGUGUACAUCUGAAAGUUUAUAUAAUUCUUACUCAGUUAAGGUACCACCUGUCUUAUAUGUGAAAUAUUAUUCAUUUGUUUAAAAUACCUAAGAGCAAAUAUAAGGUACUUUUUAACAGUGAAUGAGCAAAUCUUGGCAUAUUGUGUAUUUCUAACCUGAUUUCUCAUCUUUUCAUUGAUGUCUUCUAAGUAACAUUUUUAUGAAAGAUUACAAAACUGAGUGGAAUAUUUUAAAUAAGUAUCAUACUGCAUUUGUUAAAUCCUUGAAAUGUUGAUGGAAGCUUUUCUAUUUACUGUGAUUGUCAUGGUACUAUUAUUCUGGUCACUAUCUUGUUUUGAUUUUAUUUAUUUUAAUUAUUUUUUUUAAGUUGGAAAAUUGGAUAUUUUAUUAAUGGUUCUAAUCUUUUGCAUUCCAUGUUACAUUAAACCUGUUCAUAUGAUGAAAAGUCUUUCAUUAGAA